CUCCCCUUCCUCCCGACACUAAACGAGAUCCCCCAUUGCAAUCCAAUCAACCAUCCUCAGCCAUGAAGGUCACUAUUAAAGAGUGGAACGCCGUUGCUACUUGGCGCUGGGAUAUGCCCGACGAUGAAGUGUGUGGUAUUUGUCGGGUUCAGUUCGAUGGCACAUGUCCGACCUGUAAAUUCCCAGGUGAUGAUUGCUCGCUAUUGCUGGGAAAGUGUGGUCACUCUUUUCAUAUGCACUGCCUCAUGACCUGGAUUCAACAAGAGUCCUCAAAGGGACUCUGUCCGAUGUGCAGACAGAGUAUGUCAUUCAUAUCCCUGCAUUUAACUAUGACUGCUAAUCUAGCUGCAGAAUUCGAAUGGAAGCAAAACGACGAGGAAGAUGAAUAG